CUCGCCGAUACACAUGUGUUUUUCUAGCGCUGCUCCGCGGUUUGCGUUCAGUAUGCAGCUCGCACAGGACUGACGUGGGUUGCAACGGUACCGUCUUCGCCCCUUCGAAACGCUUCACGCACCGGCAAAAAGGUCCACACCUCUCGCCAACAACUUUUACUCGGCUGAAGAGGUCCCACUAAGCUGCGCCGAAGAUGUGCGGAAUUUUCGCUUAUCUGAAUUACCUCGAACCGAAGACGCGACGAGAAAUCUUGGAAUGUCUGAUCAAGGGCCUUCAGCGACUGGAGUACAGGGGCUACGAUUCUGCUGGUAUCGCCUUUGACAGAGACCCUCUCGGCAAUGACAUUUCCAUAAUUCGUAAAAUUGGAAAAGUUAAGGUGCUUGAAGACUCCAUAUGGCAAAAGGAUGACCUUGAUAUGGACCACGAGCAUAUUACACACGUUGGUGUUGCCCACACACGUUGGGCUACCCACGGUGCUCCCAGUGACCUCAACAGCCACCCGCAUCGUUCAGAUCCUGAAAAUGAAUUCGUGGUUGUUCACAAUGGCAUAAUUACAAACUACAAGGACAUCAAGCAGUUCCUGCUUCAGAGGGGAUGUCAUUUCGAAUCUGACACUGACACGGAGGUCAUUGCAAAAUUCAUCAAGCAUCUCCAUAGCACUCAUCCAGACCUAAACUUCAGGGAGCUGGUGGAGCAAGUCAUUCAGCAGCUGGAGGGAGCUUUUGCACUGGUAUUCAAGAGCAAGAAAUUCCCACAUCAGUGCGUUGCCACAAGGCGGGGAAGCCCCUUGCUGGUUGGCCUGAAGACCAAGUCCUAUCUCUCAACAGAGUUCAUCCCUGUUUUGUACAGCAAAGCCUUAACAAUGGAUCACAAGUGUGGCAACCAAAAUGAACAAGAAAAAGACGACACCCAGACAGACCACCGCCCCAGAGAGGCCCACCCACCUUCAAACGCUGGUGGUCUGCAUCGUACUGCAUCAACAACAGAAUUUGGCCCACCUGGAGAUGACAAGGAGAUUGAAUAUUUCUUUGCAUCAGAUGCCAGUGCCAUCAUAGAACACACAAACAGGGUGAUCUUUCUCGAGGAUGAUGAUGUUGCAGCUGUUUCUGAAGGGCAUUUGACCAUUCACAGAUUGAAGAGGACUCUUGAUGAGAAUGUAAACCGUGAAAUCAUCACCCUGAAAAUGGAAAUCCAGCAGAUCAUGAAAGGAAACUUCAGCUCUUUCAUGCAAAAGGAGAUCUUUGAGCAACCUGAAUCUGUGAUAAACACAAUGAGAGGCCGCCUCAACUUUGAAAAGGAAUCUGUGGUACUGGGCGGCAUCAAGGACUACAUCACUGAAAUCAAGCGCUGCAGACGCCUGUUGCUCAUUGGCUGUGGCACCAGCUACCACAGUGCAAUAGCUACAAGACAAAUAUUGGAAGAGCUGACAGAGCUGCCUGUCAUGGUAGAACUGGCCAGUGACUUUCUGGAUCGCAACACCCCUGUGUUUAGAGAUGAUGUCUGCUUCUUCAUUUCCCAGUCUGGUGAGACGGCAGACACUCUCAUGGCACUACGCUACUGCAAGCAGCGUGGCGCCCUAAUUGUUGGUAUUACCAACACCGUUGGGUCCAGCAUAUGCCGAGAAAGCCAUUGUGGUGUUCACAUUAAUGCAGGUCCAGAGAUUGGUGUGGCCAGCACCAAGGCAUACACAAGCCAAUUCAUCUCGCUUGUGAUGUUCUCCCUGAUGAUGUGUGAGGAUCGAAUUUCCAUGCAACCUCGACGCAGUGAAAUUAUUCAAGGACUUCACAGGCUUCCGGACCAGAUAAAAGAGGUGCUGAAGCUUGACGAUGAAGUGAAGGAGCUCGCUCAACAUCUUUACCAACAGAAGUCUCUCUUGGUCAUGGGCAGGGGCUACAACCAUGCUACAUGCUUGGAAGGUGCUCUGAAAAUCAAAGAGCUGACGUAUAUGCAUUCUGAAGGCAUUCUGGCGGGGGAGCUAAAACAUGGACCUCUAGCCCUUGUAGACAAGGCCAUGCCAGUCAUGAUGGUGCUAACACGAGACCCUGUAUUCCCCAAAUGUAUGAAUGCUUUGCAGCAGGUUAUCGCACGUGAUGGACGGCCCAUUAUAAUUUGUGAAAAAGGGGAUGAAGAGACCAAGAAGAUGGCCUUCAAGUAUCUAGAAGUGCCGCACUCGGUGGACUGCCUCCAGGGAGUGUUGACUGUUAUCCCACUUCAGCUCAUGUCUUACCACAUUGCUGUGCUCAAAGGUUGCAAUGUGGACUGCCCUCGGAACCUUGCAAAGUCAGUCACUGUGGAGUAAAGCCUGCAAGAGGUGCUGCUUGCUGCCGUGCUCAUGUGCGAUAGCCUUUGAUGAAGCAAAAUGGAAUUAUGCAUAUAACUAUACAGUUUAUACACAUCUGCUGUUAGUGCAGCUUGAAAUAGUUUUAUAUUCUGAUACUAGCAAGACUGUGCUUGUCGAAGGAGUGGAGUAAUGUGAGCAACAGCUGCGAUUAUAUGUUUUAGAAUGAAUUUCUGUGAGACUGUUCUCAACUUUCAUAGCUUAUGUCAUUUUUACAGUAUGAAGAAAAUUUUUAAAUUUUUUUUGUUAUUUUCAGCCUCCUCAUUUACUGUCUUAGACUUGCUUUUAUCUGCUAUGCACUCGAAGUUUUUGCUUCUUGCAGUUAUGCCCACAAGAACAGAAUGAAAUUUAUAUAUUCAUAUUUUUGUUUGUUCUUGUAUAUAUGCCGGUUUCGGUGCAGUUGUGCAUUUGUUUUAGCGAGUGAUUUGGAGGAUGUGUGUCGCAUGUCAUUUAUAAUAUAAAAACUGUAAAUGAAUCUCUUUACACUUGUUUUAAUAAAAACUUUCCAUAUAUGCCUA